AUGUCUGUUCCCGAGUGGUUGAAGAAAUGGGAGAUUGCCGAGCCCGAAACCGUUUCUGUGAGAGCCCCCAAGGAGGAAGUUCUCUCUGCUCUUGAAAAUUCGCCAGAUACCAUCACAGUGGUGGACUUGAGAAAUGACAGAGAGAGAGGAUACAUUACCAAGGCCGUUCACAUUCCUGCCACCACCAUUCAUGGACCCGAGGAGAUCAAAAGCAAGGUGAUUGAUCCAAUUCUUGAAGUAAAGCCUGAGACAAAAACCAUUGCCAUUCACUGCAACAGUUCAGGAAAGAGAGCCAGUUAUGUUGCAGGAUGGUUGGAUGACUACUUGAAGAAGAAUCCUAGCGAUUUAAAGGUGGAGAUUUUGCACGAGGGUAUUGUUGGAUGGUUAGCAGGAGGAGAGAAGUUUGAGCCUGAGACCACCUGGGUCAAGGAGGAGUAA